AUGGCCGCAGGUGAACCGGAAGUGACUGGGAGGUAAGCACCGUUUACAUUUCCCGCUUGGGUAAUUGAUUAAAUAAUGAUAUGACUAUCCAGACUGGACAAUUAAGAUUCAAAUGGACCAAUGGGAUGAGGCAAUAUGGUAUAUAAUAGACAGAAGGAAGCAGGAAAAUGAACAGACCUACUGAGGAAUCCCAGCGAUAUGGGUGAAACGCAUUUCGGCGAAGGAGCUAAUGUGGACAUUACUUUGAUUAUUUUAUAUAUAUUUUUUGUAUUUUAAGCAUUUUAGCUGAAUUUUAUUAUUUUGUUUAUUAUAAUAAAAGUACUUUUUUAGUCCAUUUUGGCUACCUUCACUUCAGCUUCUAACCAAGUAGGGUGGUGUCCCCUACACAGGCACCUAAGCGAUUUUACCUAGAGCCAGGUUAUAAGGGCUCUAUAAAAGGACCAUUUCCUGUAAGACUAGAGGGUAAAGUGCCACCAGACGGCACAGAAACGAAUGUGAUUUGAGCCUGUCCUAACAUAGCCUCUAAUCUAUUUGAGUUGAACUCAUUUAUUUACGACCAUUUGAAAAUUUCAUCUUACAGUAUUGUACUAUGUGAUUUUCCCCGUUUAUCUCUCUUUUCAUAUGAAUUACAUGCUAUACCCACAUUAUAUGUAAGUAAUAUCAUAUAUAUCAUUCGAGCGCUCCACUUUAAUAUAUGCCCAUAGAGAGCUGUUUAUCCAAUAUAGAGCAUAUAUAAACUUUUUUUUUCACUAUUUGAAUGGUUAUAGGGGGUGAGGGAGACUCCCCCUAGAGUGUGAAGCGGCUACUUAAAAAAUAUACACAAAGUAAUUAGAGGCGCACUAAUCACGGUUAUUUGGUACACGAUUUCUAUUAUUUAUUAUAUUGUGCAGGACAUGAAAAGUGCUGCCCUUGUUGACUUUUAAAAUCACUACUGGUGAAGCAUCACUUUUCACACCCUGCACAUCAGUUUGCUAAAAGAUGUUAUUUGUUUUUUGGACAAAUAGGUUGUAUUUUUAAAUGCUGUUGUGAAAAGUGCUGCCCUCAGUGGGUUUGAAACCCACUGUACUGAUGUGGCAACACUUAAUAUACCCUGCACAACUGUUGCUUAAAAAACAAUUCUAACGGUUUUGAGAAAAAAUGUUGUGCAGGACUGAAAAGUACAGCGCUGUUCACAACAUGGAAAUCAGUUUGCUAAAAGUUUGUAAUUUCCCUUUUCUUUAAAAUCAUAUAUUUUUAUUUUCAUUCUGCUGUGCAAGUCGUAAAAAGUGCUGCCAUUGGUGACCUUUAAAACCACUGUAUUGUUGUGCUUGCAAUUUAUAUGCCCUGCAAAACAGUUUUUAAAAUGAUUUAUGCUGCCUUUUCUUUAAACAUUGGAGAACACAGAAACAUAGCUUUUAUACAAAGGCAUGGACAAACUUUCUGAAGAGAUAUACAGAGGCAGGGGUGUAUCUAGGGCAUUUGGCACCGAGGGCGGAUCCUGUGUUUGGCCCCCUCCAAUCAGCUCCCCCCUCCCCCUAGUUCCAGGCACAUGGGCACUCGCACACAGUCACACAUACAAUUACAGGCAGACAGUCACAUGCACACUGUCACACACAGACAGUCACAGGCAGACACUCUCACACACACAGUUACAGGCAGGCAGUCAUACACAGUUAUAGGCAUUCAGUCUCACACACACCGUCACAGGCAGGCAGUCACACACACACAGUCACAGACAGUCACACAUACACACACACAGAGUCACAGGCAGUCAACACGCACACAGACACACACACACUCUCUCUCUCUCUCUCUAACUUACAAACAGUGUGAUCCAUUGAAGCUCCUAGAGUCUGUUAGAUGGGGAAGCAGAGACUUCAUCCUGAUUACCCUCGAUGUUCAGCAGUAACAGCAGCGGGUGAACGCUGUGUUUAGCUCUGCCCCUGCUGCCAAUUGGCCCCGCCCCCAUUUGUUUUCCGAUGUGGCCAGUUUUGAAGUUCUGCGGCUGCUUGCGUGUGAGCUGUGCGGCUGCCAUGGCAACCUGUCAUACAGCUUAGACAUCCUAAGGCCGCCCUGGUCAUGACACCCUCCUAGUGAGUGGCGCUCAGGGCUGCCUGCCCUCCCUCCGUACGCCACUGUACACAGGGCCGCCCCCCCCGUCAUCCAUGUAUGAUGUGAUGUUUGUGUUGUCUGUGUAUGUGAUAGUUCUGAUGACUGUGUGAUAUGUAUGCUAGGUGUUGGAUGUGUGUGAUACUUGUAAUGGGUGUAUUAACAGUGUGUGAUAUGCGUGUAUUAUUUGUAUGUGAUAUUUGUGCUGGGUUUAUUGCCUGUGUGUGAUGGUUAUUUAAUUCAGAUAAAAACAUGCAUUUAGGCCUGUGUGUAAGAGUUGCAGAGUUAUGUGCACACAGUCCCACAGUCAGAUGCACACAUUUAUACCUAUAUACUGUCAAAUCCACCACAUGCACAUAGUCGCAGGCAGAUAGUCACAUCCACAGGAUCAGGCAGAAACACACAGGUACAGGCAGUAACACAGUUACAGGUAGAUAAACACACACAAUUACAGGCAGACAGACACACACACACAGGCAGACAGCCACACAUACAGUUUCACACACACAUACUUACUUGCAGACAGUCACACACACAUACACACACAAAAUUGAGUCACACAUACACACAGGCAGACAGCCACACACACACACACAUACAGAGGCAGACAGCCAUACACACACAGGCAGGCAGUCACACACACAGGCAGUUACGCACGCACACACACACACCGGCAGACAGCCACACACAGGCAGCCACACACACACACACAUACAGAGGCAGACAGCCAUACACACACAGGCAGACAGUCACGCACACACAGGUAGACAGUCACGCACACACACACAGGCAGACAGUUACACACAUACACAGGCAGAUAGCCAUACACACACACACAAAGGCAGACAGCCAUACACACACACAGGCAGACAGUCUUACACACACACACACACACUGGCAGACAGUCAGACACACACAGGCAGACAGACAUACACACACAGGCAGACAGACAUACACACACACGGGGGGCGUGUCUUGGCCACCAUCUUAGAUGGCCACGUUAUAGAGAGGCUCCUGGACAAGGGGGACAAUUUUGUUCCUAAAGUGACAAUUUUAAUCUGAAUGUACCAAUUUUAAUUGAAAAUACAAAAAGUCAACUUAGCACUGAUCAUGCAGAAGCAAAAGAAAACAGAAAAAUCCGUUCCUGGGACGAAGAAAAUGGAAGCAGGAGCGGCUGGGGUGAGUAAGGGUUCCCAGGCUCGCUCCCCUGCUUCCAAACCCGCCUCGCGGCUUGUUUCGCCGCUUAAACUUUCGUUGGUGGCGUCGGGGAAAUCCCUCCCUACCUCCCUCCCGGUCUCCCGCCCGGUCUCCCUCCCCAAAACCUAUGCUUGUGCGGCCGCGACCCGUCCGCAGCUUCCUGAGGGCGGCGGGACCGCGACCGCACUAGCCGGCACUCCUGUGUGCGGCUCAGAGUGCUCCGAGCACUCGGCAUGCUCGGAGCACAGUGCUGUGUCUCCCGCGAGCGGCAAGGACCUCCCUGCAAGCCGCUCGCGGUCUCACUCCAGGGCAGCCCGGUCGCUCACUUACAAAAGCGACCGGGUUGCAAGUAAAGGGGAGGGCAGUGUGAGGUCACGCUCCCCGUCGGGAUCCUCAGCCUCCAGGCUGUCGGUCCCGGCGGGGGGGGCCUCUGCUGUCCGACCCAAAGUAUUUAAAGGGGCAGCAAGGGCUACAGUAAGCCCAGAUGAAAAUCUUAUGGAAAUAGGGGCUGAAGUGCUCCAAAAAAGUGCCUUCUCUGCACUACCACAGAGAACACGUUAUGUUGCCACAACAAAGAUGGCUGACAGUCCAGAUACUGUAUUUUCCACUUCCAAGAUGGCCGCUGCCACCUCCAAUAUGGCUACUACCACAUUUAAAGCUGCGACCUAUAAUCCUAAUAUGCCACUUGAAUUGGCAGCAGACCUGCCACCGUCAGCUGGCAUGAUAAUUCAACUUAUUAAAGAUUUGAGAGUUGAUUUGAAAAAUGACUUUAAAAAUGACUUUGACACAUUAUAUGGAGCCAUGGAGGGCAUUAAUCAGCGUACAGAAAUAAUAGAGAAUAAAUUGCAUUCUCAAGAGCAAUCUCAUCUGGAUUUGGUUGAAACCGUAAAAGAGCUCCAAAAGCAAGUGCACCAACAAGCAGAAAAGCUUGCCGACGCUGAAGAUAGAAGUAGGCGUAAUAACCUAAGGAUCAGGGGGAUCCCUGAUAACAUCGACUCCCAGGAAUUACAAAGCUAUUUCCAGACAAUGGUGAAGUCAGCUCUUCCAAACGCAAAAAAUACGGAUUUAUUACUGGAUCGCAUCCACAGAUUGCCCAAACCCGGCAAUGCUCCUCCAGCUGCACCCAAAGACGUGAUAGUGAGAUUCCACUACUAUCACAUUAAAGAAGAAUUUCUAGGUGCAGUACGCACGUCAGGUCUCACAGGAGAUUACAGCAGCAUGAAGGUCUUUCAAGACUUUUCUGCUCAAACAAUGAAGCGACGCAGGGAAUUUCAACUUUUCACUGCGGAGCUAAGAAGAAGAGGGAUAAGAUAUAGAUGGGGAUUCCCGGUUAAAGUCCUUUUCCGCAUGGAUGGUCGGAAUUUUAUAGUCACGUCGCCUGAAGAAGGAAUGGAACUCAUCAAUACUAUGAAUGGACGUCGGGUUUCGCCUCAUAGACUCUCGCCAUCUACUCCUGUUCAGGCCAGCAAGAGAAGCAAAUCAGACACUUCCUGAGAUCCCAGCUCAAAGAGACAUAGUCUUCCUUUUCUAUGGUCAUCAUUGAGUCCUGCUCCAGUCCGGCGAUUUAUCGGGAUUACUUUGAAUUUUGAUCUGUUUCUCCUUUUUAUGACAGACUUCUGAGUUCUUCCACUAACGGUUAUUUGUCCUGUGCCUUUUUCGGUUUAUUUUAGAAACUGAUCCUUCUAUUUAAAACUUUCUAUACUUAUACAAUCAAAAUAUUUUUUAUUUUUUUUAUAUAUAAUUUCAUAUUUAUUUAAUUUUAUUAUUUUUUUAUUUUAUUUUAUAUAUUUUUUUUUUUUUUUAAUUGUUCUGUGCUUUUUACCCUUUCAAUUGUCAUAUUUAAAAAGUUGCUUUUUGUUUUUUUACUACCUACAUUAGCUCCCCCUGCACCCAGUAGCCUUCUCUCCCCCCAACCUGGGCCUAACACCCUGAGAUGGAGAAACUUUUUUUGUUCUCCCUCAUGGCCCUCUUUCACUGUUUUUGUUUCACCCCUGAUAGGGGUAUAUAUCCAAGUUUUUUGUUCCCCUUUUUUAUUUUUUUAUAUUUUUUGUCCAUUCAUCAUUUAAAGUUCAGUAGAAAUGUUUUUAGACCACGAAACACUGCAAUGCUUCAUACAAAAAUGCAUAAUACGUGGCAUCAGCAAAUUGUAAUCAUCUGUUUACUCAUUAUUCCUGUACACACAAGCACACAGCUUGAGUUUGCUUUAAUAGCUUUGUUGGACUUGCAUGUUUCUCUCUUGGAAGGUGGUGGCUGGGACUCUCACAAGAUUGAAUGUUCCUUUACCCUUUAUCAGUUAUUACUGUUCUAUAAACCAUGGUCUUAAAAUAUAUGUCAUUUAACGUGAGAGGCCUGAACACCGCCCACAAGAGACGAUUAUUAUUCAAAGAAGCAAAAUCCAACGAAUCAGAUGUGAUUUGUGUACAGGAAACACAUUUUAAAGAUGAUAAAGACCAUAAAAUCAUGUCAAAGCUUUUCCCAGUUCAAUACCAUUGCACUUAUAAAUCCAAGUCUAGAGGUACUUCGAUUUUUUUUCACAGGAAUGUAGCAUGCUUGACAAACAAAGUUAUAACGGACGAUGACGGGAGGUAUUUAAUAUGGAUAGGAUCACUCAAUACUAUUGAAUAUACUAUUGUGAACAUGUAUUUUCCAAACACCGGUCAGUUGCAGUUUUUUAGGAAAUUGAUGGACUCAGUGAAUGAGAAUGUGAGAGGCAACUUGGUAAUGUGUGGUGACACGAAUUUUGUGAUGGAUGGAGAGUUGGAUAACGCUAGGGAAGACCGUGAUCGACAGCUUAGAGGGGACAGUGACAGAUUAGCGUAUAAAUGCUCCAGAUAUAUGAUUGAAUGUGGCUUAUACGAUCCUUGGAGACUGUUGCAUGAGAAUGAAAGAGAUUUUACGUAUUAUUCUGUCUCUAAAAAUAUGUAUUCCAGGCUGGACCGGUUUAUGGUCCAGGGUGCUUUAAUUCCUCACAUCUUGAAAUCUGAUAUCUUAAACAUUAACUGGUCCGACCAUGCUCCAAUCAUAAUGCAUAUUGACGAAAUUGUUUCAUCAGCCCCUAACAGAACUUGGAAAUUAGGUGAUUAUUUGUUAAAUGAUGUUGUGAAUAAGUCACUGACGGAGAAAGCUUUGUGUGAUUAUUUUUCGGAGAAUGCCUCGCCCGAGGUUCCUGGCGAGGUGACUUGGAAUGCGCAUAAGGCUGUGUUAAGAGGUCAUUUUAUUUCUAGAGCGUCUUACUUGAAGAGAAUUAAUAGCAAUAAUUUAAGAACAUUGGAAAAAGAACUGUAUAAUUUGAACCAAGCUAAUAAAUUUGGUCCAUCGUCCUCCCUAUCAGCAAUGAUAGGAGAAAUUAAGGCUAAAAUCAACAAAAUUAAUUUAGAUCGUACAUCUCUUAUGGUGAGACGUCUCAGGAACACAUUUUACUUAAAAGGUAACAGGGCCUCAACUCUUUUGACAUCCAAACUCCGGCAUGUGAAUGCCCAAUCAAAAAUAGCAUAUUUAAUUGAUGAUCAGGGGCAAAAAGUGUUUCAUCCAACUAAAAUUAGUGAUAUGUUCGCAGAGUAUUAUAGUAAACUUUAUAAUUUAGAAUGUAAUUUGGACCUCCCCCAGCCUUCUACAACAAUAAUUGAUAAAUUCUUAGACAGAGUGUCAUUGCCUCGGCUGUUCUCCAGUACAUUUAGAAAGCUUAGAAUGUGAAAUAUCAGCAGCAGAGAUAGCUGAGGCAAUUAAACUUAUGCCAUCUGGAAAAGCCCCUGGUCCCGACGGAUUAACUAUUUUAUAUUAUAAAACUUUUCCAGAAAUUUUAAUUCCCCAUAUGACUAAAUUGUUCAAUUCCUAUAAGUCAGAGGGAAAGAUGCCAGAGGAGUCCUUGUGCGCACGAAUAGUCACUUUGCCAAAGCCGGGAAAAACUCCUGAUAGAUGCCCUAACUUUAGGCCCAUUUCUCUGAUUAAUAAUGAUUCAAAGAUUUAUUCUAAGGUUCUCGCUAAUAGAUUAACCAAACUAAUCCCAUUGUUAAUUAAUAAAGAUCAAGUAGGUUUUGUGCAGAAUAGACAGGCGCCAGACGGAACUAGAAGAUUUAUAAACUUGAUUCAGCACAUCAAUAUGACCAAAACACCUUCUUUGCUUCUAUCUCUAGACGCAGAAAAAGCGUUUGACAGGAUACAUUGGGGAUAUUUAUGGAGAACAUUAGAUAGGUUCAACAUACCAUCAUCAUUUAUCACAGCAAUUAAGGCGUUAUAUUGCGCACCCUCCGCUCAUGUCUCAGCUUCUGGCUUCACAUCCAAAACUUUUUCUCUAACCAACGGGACGAGACAGGGGUGCCCUUUAUCUCCAAUUUUUUUGUUUUAGCGAUAGAACCCCUGGCAGAACUGAUUAGGACAACCCCACAAAUUGUAGGAAUUGCGGUUAAAGAAUCCGUUCACAAAAUUGGUUUGUUUGCAGAUGAUAUAAUCCUAGCUAUUAAAAACCCAAAAGAAUCUUUGAGACACCUCAAGGAUAUUUUAACUCAAUUCGGUGAGAUAUCGUAUUACAAAUUAAAUGAGUCCAAAACUCAAGCCCUUCCGUUUCAUUUAAACAAUUUGGAAACCAUUGCCCUUAAGAAAUCAUAUUUAUUUGAUUGGAGAACUGAUUAUAUGGAAUAUCUUGGCAUUAAUUUAUGCAAAAAUUUGGUUAAUAUGCACAAUCACAACCUGAGGAAAGCAUGGUCAGACCUACAAAAAGAGAUGGAGAGAUGGGGUGGGAUGGAGCUUUCAUGGCUGGGGAGGGUCGCAUCUAUUAAAAUGACGAUACUCCCAAAAAUUUUAUAUUUUUUUAGGACCAUUCCUCUGUCCAUUCCAUUAUCAUUUUUUAAUAAAGUUCAUUCGACGAUGUUGAAAUUUAUAUGGGGGAACAAGCCUGCCCGAGUGAGGCUCACUUCCCUGCAGCACCAUAAAUCGAACGGCGGUAUCGGUGUCCCCGAUAUCCGCAAAUAUUAUUUCGCCACUAACGCUGCAGUGGUAGUGAGCUUUAACAACCAGGAUGAUAAACCCAGAUGGAUGGAGAUAGAGGAAUCAAAAAUUUCGCCGGUUAGGCUAUUAGAAUUACCUUGGUUAAAUCCCAAGAAAAGACCUGGAAUUACAAAAUUAUUUUUAUCCACCAGGACUACGCUUAAGGCCUGGGACAUUGUUUUUAAAAACGACCAGUCUCCCAGAUUAUAUAGAGCAAUGCCUAUUGAAUUAUUGAAAGAUCAUAUACCAUCCUUAAAAAUAGAAUUAUUAAAGGAUUGCUCUAUAACUAAUCUGGACAAUUUUUUCUAUGGCAAUACUAUUCUUUCUUUGGAAAAAUUGAAGCUUAAGUAUGGAUUGUCGAAUGCAUGUGAACUGGAAUGUAUGAUAAUCAUUGAUAAAUUGAAAGAACUAUACCAGGUACCUGAAACAGAUAAAAACUAUAAAUCACUUGAGAUAUCUCCUUUAGAGAAAGUUAUUUUAUACAGCCCCGCUAGUAAAGGUAUUAUAUCCUUAUGUUACUUAUCUCAUAAUGCCAAGCCCUUAGUUAAAUUAAAACAUAUGCUGUCAUGGGAGACGGAGUUGGGUGCCCAGUACGAUUUAGUAGAAUGGUUCGGUUUCUUUACAGGUUUGAAAGGCAUUUCGUACUGCACCGACCAUUUUGAAAAUCAUUAUAAAAUCUUAUAUCGCUGGUACCUGGCUCCGUCUAGAUUACAUAACAUGAACAAUAUGUAUUCUGACCGGUGUUGGAGAGACUGUGGGGGAGUGGGCAAUAUGGCCCAUAUCUGGUGGUUUUGCCCCAAGUUAAUUAAUUAUUGGAAAAUGAUCCACGAUCUGAUUAUUAAAGUGAACGGAACCAUUAGUAUCUUAACCUCGGAACUAGCCUUAUUUAAAAAACUCCCGGAGUCUGUUAAUAGAUCAGAUAAAAUAAUCAUAGGCCACAUUCUGAUCGCUGCUACAUCCUGUUUACCUAGACAUUGGAAGUCUCAAAAUGUGCCAUCUCUCAGAGAAGUUUUUAAUUUGAUUUUAGAAAAUAAGGCACAUGAACUAUCACACAGAGCCAAUAUGCAUGGUUUCCCAAUACUAAAAUACAACUGGGAUAAAUGGGAAGAAAAAAUCAAAACAGUUUAUGGUCUUUGAUAUAUUUAUUGUUAAAGUGCAUUGUUGUAAAACAUUUUUCCUUUUGCCUUCUACUUUAAUAUGUUUAUUUCAUUGAUGGAUGGAUACCCCUUCCCAUUUCCAUGUUACCCCUCCUUUCCUACCCCUAAUACAAUGUUUGUAUUAUUAUCAUUUGUUAUACAAAAAAAAAAAACUUUAAUAAAAAUUAUUUGAAAAGACAUACACACACACACACAGUCACAUUGACAAUCACACAUAGAUACCUCUGUUCAUUGUGGAGGCAGACAGGCAAUGCAGCUCCUGGAGACUGUUUGUUGGGGAAGCAGGGACUCCUUCCUGCUUCCCCUGCAGCAGUUACCGGCACCUUUAGCUCUUCCCCCACUGCAUGGGAAGCUCCGCCCCUGCCGCAAAUUUUAUUUUUAAAUUCCGGCCGGCCAUGUGCGAGCUGUGUUGGCUGUCAGGGUGCCCCCUGCUCCAUGGCGUCCUGUGCGGCCACACAGCUCGCACACCCCUAAGGCCGGCCCUGACUGUACAGAGGCAUAGCAAGAUGGAGGUCUUGCUAUGCCUUUGUAUAACUCUUCAUAAGGGCAUGGGUUUGCCUAUUCCUCUGUAUAAAUGCAUAGGUUUAUACAGAAGCACAGAAAGAUUAUGGGUUUGCCUAUUCAUCUAUACAAAGGCUUAUACUUACUAAGCCUCUUUAAAAAGUUAUUGGCUUGCUUUUGUGUCUCUAUAGAGGCAUGUCAAUUUCUGCAUCUUCAUUUUUUCUGUGUUCUCCAAUUCUUAAAGAAAAUGGAGAAUAAAAUCCUUUAAAAAACUUUUGGGUAGGAUGUGAAAAUUGCUUCCAACACAAUACAGUGGUUUAAAAAGUCAUCAAUUGCAGCAAUUUUCAUGCCCUGCACAGCAGUACAAGAAAUAGUUUUUUUAAAAAGUGAAAUUAUAAACUUUUAGCAUACUGAUAUGCAGGAUGAGAAAAAGUGCUGACACAUCAAUGCAAUGGUUUUCAAAGCCACCAACUGCAGCACUUUUCACACCUGCACAACAGUAAGAAUAUCGUUUAGCAAAAGAUUGUAGGGUUUGAAAAGUGCUGCCUUUGCUUUUGAAAGUCACAGAGGACAGCACAUUUUAUGUCCUGCACAACAGCAUCACUUUUGAAAUCUGUGCUCUAGUUUGGUAGGGGAAUACCACAUCAUGGUACGAAAUUAGUGAAGCCAUCAACUAAGCAGCACCCUAAUUUGUUAUCCCAUGUAGUUACAUAGUUACGUAGGCUGAAAAGAGACUUGCAUCCAUCAAGUUCAGCCUUCCUCACAUUUGUUUUUUGCUGUUGAUCCAAAAGAAGGCAACAAAAACUCAGUUUCAAGCACUUCCAAUUUUGCAACAAAAUAGGGGGAAGGGGGAAUCCUUCUUGACCCCAGAAUGGCAGCCAGAUUUAUCCUUGGAUCAAGAAGCUAUUACCCUAUAGUUAAAAAAUUAUAUAAUUGAAUAUUCUGUUUUUGCAAGCUGUUUGAACAUCUGUAUGGACUCUAAUAAAACCACUUCUUUGGGCAGAGAAUUCCACAUCCUUAUUGUCCUAACAGUAAAAAAAAUGUCCUUUGCCUUAGACAAAAUCUUUUCUUCCAGUCUAAAUGCAUGACCUCGUGUCCUACGUAAAGUUCGGUUUGUGAAUAGAUUUCCACACAAUGGUUUGUAUUGGCCCCGAAUAUAUUUGUAUACUGUUAUCAUAUCCCCUCUCAGGCGAUGUUUUUCUAAACUAAAUAGGUUUAAAUUUGUUAACCUUUCUUCAUAGCUGAUAUGUUCCAUUCCUUUUAUUAAUUUUGUAGCCCGCCUCUGCACUUCUUCUAGUGCCAUAAUAUCCUUCUUUAGAACAGGCUCCUAAAAUUGCACAGCAUAUUCAAUAUGUGGUCUUACCAGUAAUUUAUAAAGAGGCAAAAUGAUAUUCUCGUCCCGAGAAUGAAUGCCCUUUUUUAUGCAUGACAAUACCUUACUGGCCUUGGCCACUGCUGAUUGACAUUGCACAUUGUUGCAUAGUUUGUUGUCUAUAACAAUUCCCAAGUCCUUUUCGUGUAUUGUUAUCCCUAAUUCGCUUCCAUUAAGGGUAUACGUUGCUUGUGUAUUAUUUACGCCGAAGUGCAUAACUUUGCAUUUUUCAACAUUAAAUUUCAUCUGACAUUUGAGUUUUGUGUCAUCUGCAAACACUAAAACAUGACUUUCAAUGCUGUCUUCAAGAUCAUUUAUAAACAUGUUAAAUAGAAGGGGUCCCAGAACAGACCCCUGAGGGACACCACUUGCCACCUCUGUCAAGCUUGAAAGUUUACCAUUAAUGACAACUCUUUGUACUCCGUUUUUAAGCCAAUGUUCUACCCAAGAACAAGCAUUUUCACCUAGACCGAUUUCCUUGAGUUUGAACACUAAUCUAUUGUGUGGAACUGUAUCAAAUGCCUUGGCAAAAUCCAAAUAGAUCACAUCCACUGCAACACCCUGAUCUAUACUUCUACUUACUUCUUCGUAGAACGCAAUCAAGUUAGUUUGACAUGACCUGUGCUUCAUAAAACCGUGCUGAGUUUUUCUGAUAACCAUGUUCUUCUCAAGGAAUUAUUGAAUAUUAUCCCUUAAUAACCGUUCAAAUAUUAAUUAUAUACCAUACUCUUUUUUUUCUAUAUUAAUUGCAUGUGGAUAAAGGGUAAUCCACAUUAGUGUACAGAGCAGCUAUACACAAUUUUCACCACUAACACAUCUGUUGGAGAUGUUUGGUUUUAGUUCGAUCUGCCAUUAGUUUCGCAAAUAUUUUUAUAUCAAUGUUCAACAGUGAGAUGGGGUGGUAGUGACCUGGUUCCAGGUGGGACUUGUCAGGUUUGGGAAGGAGGCAUAUAUCCGCCUUUAGCAUGUCGUGUGGUAAUGUUUCGCUGUCCAGGAGCGAACUGAAAAGGUUGCAUAAGUGUGGUAUCAGUAUUGGAUGCGAACGUUUUGUAAUAGAGACCAGAGAAUUUGUCCGGGCCAGGACAUUUGUUUGGUUUGAGUGUUUUAAAUGUGUUAACUAUUUCUUAUGGCGUAAUUGGGAUGAUUAAUUUGUUGGCUCCUGCUGGGGAAAGAGUCAGUAAAUUGAUUAAUUUCUGAUAAUCAUCUGUCUUAUGUGCGAUCUCUUCAGGUUUGAGGCAUGUUUGUGGGCUGUGGUUGUAUAGGGAGGAGAAAUACUCUUGAAAGAUUUUGGCUAUACAUUCAGGUAGUUCUUGAAUUUUGCAAUCUGGGGAUUUUAUAUUCUCUAUGUGUUUGUGGUCUGCUCUGCGUUUGAGUUUGUGGGCUAGCAUUGUGUUUGCUUUAUUGGAUUUCUAAUAAUAGAGCUGAUUUGUCCACUGGAGUGCUUUAGCUGAGUCAGCAGUCAUGAACUCUAUUAUAGUGUUUUGGCAAUUGGCUAUUUGUGUAUUUAGUUCCGAAGUAGGGUUGCGCUUAAGUUUGGUCUCUAGGGUGUGGAGCUCAGCUAAAGUUUGUUCAAGGUUUUCUAGAUAUUGCUUUUUAUUGUGUGAGGCUAAGCUAAUCAAAGUGCCCCUGAGAACCAGUUUGUGAGCAGCCCACAGGACGCUCUGAUAUAUAUACCGAGUCUUUGUUCAGAUUAACAUAGUCUGAGAUGGCUUGGGAUGUGGAUUCCCACAUCGCCGGGUUGUGUAUUAGUAUAGGAUUAAUGCGGCAGGACCAGGUUUCUGCCAUGUUGGGAAGCGUGAUCUAUAUGGUUGUCGGCUUGGUCCGACAAAGUAAUGGAACCAAUGGAGGUGGAUUUGAGUAGUGGUGCCAAAGAAGGGGAGAUUAAAAAUAGGUCCCUAUAAGAGUGGGAUUGGUGAGAGUGAGAAUAGAAGGUGUAAUCUAGAGAAGUAGGGUGUUGAGAUCUCCAAGCAUCUAUCAGGUGCGUGUGAGACACAAAAUUUUAGAGGAGUUUGUCAGCUUUACCUGUGGGUGGGUUGGCAAGGUGGGUGUAGUUGGGCCCUGUGCCUGUCUGAAGGGGGAUAGGGUGGUGUUGUAAUCUCCGCCUACGACUAGGUGGUUUGAGGCAAAGAGUAGGCGGUGGGCUUGUAUGUUCUGCCAGAAAGAGCUUGAUGGGGUGUUGGGUGCAUAGAUGGAGGUGAAGGCAUAUUUGUGGGGUCCGAUCCUGCCUGCUAUGGUUACAUAGAAUCCCUGCGGUUCCGAUGCAGUUCUUUCCACCGCCAGGGGGCAUGAUAUGUGGAGCAUGAUUGCCACACCGUUUUGUUUACCGCUCGGUGAGUUAUAUCAGUCCCUGAAAAUGCAGAAGGUUAAAUAGUGGGGUGAUAACCUUGAUUUACAAAAAACGGACUCUGACUCGAGGAUUCGUGAGUCACAUUAUUUCUGGCAAAUUCAGCCAUGGGUAAGAGUUCGAACCAAUUGGACUGAUUGGCAUCGAUAAAGCAACGCACAUAGGAUUCUAAAGAUUGAUUGGCUCUUUCUGCGGCGCCAUUAGUCUGAGGGUGGUACGAAGAGGAAAAUGAAAGUUCUGUGCCCAACUGUUUACAGAAGGCACGCCAGAAUCUAGAGAUAAAUUGGGUUCCUCUGUCAGAAACAAUGUUUUUUGGUACUCCGUGUAAGCAAAAGAUUUCCUUUAUGAAAAUUUGGACUAGAUCUUGAGCAGAUGGCAAUUUUUGAAGAGGUAUAAAAUGUGCCAUCUUGGAAAAUCCAUCUACAACCAUGAGGAUGAUGUUAUGCCCAUUAGAACUGGGAAGUUCCACAAUGAGAUCCAUGGCUAAAUGGGUCCAUGGAGCAUCGGGUUUCGGAAGUGGCUGUAUCAACCUAGGGGGAGAUCGAUGAGAUGUUUUAGAAACCGCACAUAUUUGACAUGCCCCUACAUAGUCUUUAAUGUCACCUCUAAGUGUAGGAGAGAGUUUUAUGUAUUCCAGGAUAUCCUGCUGUCAGAUUAAAAUGAAACACUCCAAAUACUUUCUUCCUUAAUAAGGGUGAAACAUACAGUUUGUCCUGGGGUUUCCCCACGGGUGCCUGAGUUUGAUCUGCUAUUAUGACACCAAAGAGUGGAGAAGAUAUUUCAGUAACUGUAGUAGCAAUAAGACAUUCUGGAGGUACGAUCGGGGAUACCUCUUGUUCAGGGGCUUCAUCUGUCUCAAACUGUCUAGAGAGUGCCUCUGCCUUGGUAUUCUUUGUCCCGGGCCUGUAUGUAAUUAUAAAAUUAAACCGGGAGAGGAAUAAUGACCUUCUAGCCUGUCGGGAGGACAAUCUCUUAGCAUCCCCAAUAUAAGCCAAAUUCUUAUGAUCGGUAAAAAUCAAAAGUGGCUCUUUGGAACCUUCCAAGAGAUGCCUCCAUUCCUUGAGGGCGAGAACAAUGGCCAGUAAUUCCCUAUUCCCGAUGUCAUAAUUUCUCUCUGCUGGAGUUAAAUUUCGAGAGAAAAAGCCACAGGGAUGUAACGGCGCAUCAGGACAGAAUGGCUCCUACUCCUGUCUCUGACGCAUCUACUUCUAAAAUAAAAGGUUUGGUCGGAUCAGGGUGCGUCCGGACAGGUGCUGAAGCAAAUAAAGAUUUUAAUCUUUCAAAUGCCUCUUUUGCUUCUUUGGACCAUAAAUUACAAUUUGCUCCUUUCUUGGUUAGGUUGGUAAUAGGAGCGAUUUCUGAUGAACUUACGGUAAUAAUUUGCAAAACCUAUAAAGCGUUUUGUAGCUUUAAGGCCUUUGGGUAACGGCCAUUGCAAGACUGCUUCCAGUUUGUGUGGGUCCAUUUUGAAACCAGAAGGGGAUAUAACAUAGCCAGGAAACUGUAGCUCAGUCUGGUCAAACUGGCAUUUUUCCAGCUUACAGUAUAAGCCAUUUUUUAACAGGGUUUUUAGUAUGAUUCUCACAUGUUCGUGAAGAGUUUCUAGGUCUGGGGAAUAGAUGAGAAUAUCGUCUAGAUACACUAGUACGAAUAUGUGAAGAUAUUCUCUAAGGACAUCGUUAAUCAAGUCCUGAAAUACAUUGCAUUGCAUAGGCAAAACGGCAUGACCAGGUAUUCAUAAUGUCCCAUUCUCGUAUUAAACGCGGUCAUCCACUCAUGCCCUUCCUUAAUUUUGACUAGGUUGUAUGCGCUCCUCAGAUCAAGUUUUGUGAAUACUCGGGCACCCCUCAACCUAUCAAAUAGCUCAGAAAUAAGGGGAAUGGGAUAGGCGUUUUUAAUCGUAAUUUUAUUUAGACCCCUAUAAUCAAUACAAGGGCGUAGGUCUCCUUUUUUAGAAACGAAGAAGAACUCAGCCCCAGCUGGGAUUUCUGAGAGAGCAUCUUUUUGAGAGCAUCCUUAAUGUAUUCCUCUAAACCAGGGGUUCUCAACCCAGUCCUCAAGGACCCCCUACCAGUCCAGGAUUUAGGGAUUACCUGGGUGUGUCUAAGGUGUUUGGAAAAAAGAAAAAAAAACUCCUAAGACACACCCAGGUAAUCCCUAAAUCCUGGACAGGUAAGGGGUCCUUGAGGACUGGGUUGAAAACCCCUGCUCUAAACAAAGGGUUUCUUGAGGAGAAAGUGCAUAAACUCCUCCUUUAGGGGGCAUAGUGCCAGGUAACAAAUUAAUGGCACAGUCGUAGGGCCUAUGUGGAGGUAAUACCUCCGACUGAACCUUGUUAAAUACUUCUUUUAAGUCCAAAUACUGCAGUGGGAUUUCUGUGGUUAAGGGAGGUGCUAUAGGUACAUUGAUGGUACCGAUUCGUUUAGGCACCUGUUUUAAGCAAUGACCUCUGCAACUCUUUCACCAACUCACAAUCUCUCCUUCAACCCAAUCUAGACAUGGAUUGUGUUUCUGGAGCCAAGGAAAACAGAGUAUUAUUGGACAUGUAGGGGAAGAUAUAAUUUGAAAAAAACAUUUCUUCAGAAUGUAAGAAACCUACUGAGACAGUGAUUGGUCUAGUUCCGUGUGUGAUGAGAGGUUGAGUAAGAGGUCUCCCAUCGAUAGUCUCUACUGCUAUGGGUCUGUCUUUCUGCCUUAAAGGCAGAAGAUGUUUGGUAGAAAAUUCCUUAUCAAGGAAAUUCUCUGCUGCCCCAGAGUCAAUCAUGGCCUCACACUGAACAGUAGUUUUCUUACAAAACAGAGUGAUUGUUAUAAGAAAGCAGUUCGUUCAAUUUAGGAGACAUAUACAUCACACCUAAGGUCGGUCCCCGAAUGUGCAAGUUUUCCGGCCGAACCGGACAAUAAAACCUCUGUUGUCCUCUUUUGCCACAAUAUAGACACAACCCCUCAUUGCGUCUGUAUUGUCUCUCUUCCUCAGUCAGUUUGGUAAUGCAGAUGGAUUGGUAACCAAUUGCAUGGGUUUGGCUUCUGCAGAUGGAGCAUGACUAACAGUCAAUGGGUUAGAGAAACGAGGGGCUAUAAACAAGUUUGUACGUCUAGUACGCUGUUUGUUUUUCUCCCUCUCUCUGAGCCUGUUGUCAAUGUCAAUCAUGUAUGCAAUAAAAUCAUUAAGAUUAACCGGAAGGUCUCUGGCAGCGGUUUCAUCUUGUAUAUUUUCCACUAAACCUUCCGAAAAAGCAGCCACCAAACCACUAUUGGUCCAGUCAACCUCAGAAGCGAAUGUCCUGAACUCUAUGGCGUAAUCGGCUACAGAGCAGGUGCCUUGUUUUAUUCUCAUUAAGGCUCUGGCAGCGUUUUUUUCUCUUUUCCCUUUGGCUCAAAAGUGGCUUUAAAUGCCGUUAAAAGUUAAUUAUAAUCAGGGCAACUGGAUUUCCACUCUCCCAUAAGGGAUUGGCCCAGGUUAAGGCCUUGCCUAUUAAUUGGUUCAUAAGAUAGCCAAUCUUUGACCUAUCUGUAGGGAAGGAACCAGGGGAAGCCUCAAAAUGAUAUUUAAUUUGGUUAAGGAAACCUCUGAAUUCUUUAGAAUCACCUCCAAAACGAGGGGGAGGUGAAAGGGUUAUGGAUGGAGGUUCAUAUACUACAGGUGCAAGUAUAGGUGGCGGAACUUCAUGUGGUACCGGGGGUGCCUCCAGAUAAGCAGUUCUCUGGAGCAAGGUAUGGAAUGCUUGGGCAAACUGAUCUAACCUGUGGUCCAUAUCCUCCACCCUGUUCUCACAGGCUAUCAUAUGUUUACAUGGUUCCGCAGGAUCCAUGGCCCUGUCGUAAUGUCACGGCUGCUAGUGUGGUCCAACACGCAGAAACUAUGUAAACAUAUACAUACAAAAGGAAAGGAAAUAAAAGGACAGAGCGUAAACCGGACCUUAGAAUGGCCGGACUAAUACGCUAGAGAAUGGUCAAAGGGAAAGCCGAGGUCAAGGAAGCCAUAAGUACUCAGAUACGGUUUAAACAAGCCAAGUCAGGGGAACCAGAAUUCGGAAUAACCAGGGUGUCAGGGUCCCGCGGGCGGCUGCGAGGGGAGGCUGCAGUCCGCUCGCGGCACUCACCCUCUAGCCGUCCGCGGUCCCCCUUCAGCCGUGUGCUCGGCGGGCGGCACCCUCUCUCCCACGGGUGCCGUCCGCCUCUUCCUCUGUGUCUCCCAGCGGCAGCAUGUAUGACGCUGCACGCUGGGAGACCGCCCACUUUAACCAACGCCAGGGUCAGUCACCUGACCCGGCGUUAAAGGCACAGUGCCUCAAUCACAGUGGGAGGUUUAGAUAUCUCCCACGCGUGAUUGUUAAUUCUGAUUGGAAAUUAUCCAAUCAGAAUUAACCUUUGGAUUUAUAUACUUACCUUUCCUGUUCCUCUUCGCCCUGUUGUGGUCUUUGCUUGUUAGUAUUGAUUCUGAACUUGUGUUUCUGGUUACGUACUCUCUGGCUUGUUAUCCGACUUUGUGACUUUCUCCUACCCUUUGACCUCGGCUUGUCUAUCGUUAUUCUGUCUUCUGGUUCCCCUUACUCGGCUUGUUUCCUGACUAUUCUUUGUGUGCUUAGCCCGGCCACUCUAAGGUCCGGUACGGCACUUUGUGUGUGUGUGUUGGUGUGUUUGGUUCCCCGAAUCGUGACACAGGGAAAAGCCAAGAUCAGGAUACCAGGAACAGGAAACCAUGACAGGGCAAGGUACUGGGGUGAAUUAGGGAUUUAAAUAUCCCUCUCUAGGCUCUGAUUGGUCAGAGGGUGACCUCUGACCCCAGAACGUGCGCGUGCGUUGACGUCGUGCCAUCUUGGAUUUCCCUGAGUGGCGUGGAGGAAUGGUUCCCGGCUCGCCGCUGAGCAGGUACGCUCAGUGAGUUGGUGCGGUCGUGCCGGUCAGGGGCCGUGACAGUGGGGCGGUUAAGGGAGGGAAGAGAGAACAGGUGGGAGCGGUAAGAGGGUGGAGCAUGAGUGGAAUAUAGAGGUGGGGGUAAAAGGGAACACAAAGAGGUGUAUCUGGUCUUAUACUAGAGUAGCCAGGUCUAGUAAGGACAGAGUAAUUCCGGUCUAUGGGUAGUUACCCAGACCGGGAGAUGGUAUGUUAGUCCCCCUUUUAACACCACCCACACUUGAACAUAAUAAUAUAACUAUUACUAUAUUAAUGCUGCCACCACCAUGACAAUUUAUAAAUGUGCCUUGGUCCCCCAGUUAAAUCAAUAAUAAAACCCACCAAAUAUUACUUAGCACAAUAUUUAAGAUAUUGCAAAAAUACUAAUUAGUGAGCACACAAAAAAAAAUUAUUUACACCAACAACAGAUGAAAACAAAAAGGAUAAAAUACAGAAGUCUUAAUAACUUACUUAGGUUUUCAAAGUACAAAGGGUUAACCCUAGAUGGACCAGGCACCCAGACCACCUCAUUAAGCUGAUGUGGUCUGGGUGCCUAUAGUGGUCCUUUAACGUACUAGAGAAUAGUCAGAAUACGUGCCGAGGUCGGGGACACAGAAUGAGACACAACGAUAAAGGAAAGCCAAAGUCAGGGAUACCAGAAUAGAGGGAAGUCAAAUGAAGCUAAAGUCAAUAACCAGAAAUAAAGGAACACACUCUCGGACAACAACUAAGGGAAACCACUGCCCAAGGGGUCUCUGGAAAGGAUAAUGGUGACUCACUCAAAACCCCGCUCUCCCCUCGGCCUCGUCCCCUUUCUCUUACGUUUCCUACUCAUCCUUUUUCUGUAUAUCUCCAUUCUCUCCCCAUAUCUCCUGGGGUAACCUGAUAAUAUUUGAUAACUAAAAACAAACCUGAUAACUCUGCUCUGGAGAUAACUCGACACCGCAUCCAAAACCCCUGGACUCCAUGUAUCUAUGGGUCCAUGGGGUUAGGGUCUAACAGGGAUCUAGGCAACAAGCAGAUAACUUAACCAGACUCAAGGACAGAUGGGAGGCCUGCCUACUUUGGUGUCAAACAACACUAGGAAGUGGCAGGAGUAGGGGAAUCAAAAGAUUAUAGAAGGCACCUAAAAAUAGUCUGGAGCCAGAGGUGUGAGAUAUACAUACUGUUAUAAUCUUGUUUUACUCAUGUUACAAAAAUAAAAACCAGCAUUGACUGGAGAUCAAUGACCAGAUAGCUAGACAUGAGCAUAUACAACCUUAUGAUAUCAUGUUUUAAUUGUUUAUAUUCACAUUGUAUUCAACUACACGGUUAAUUACUUUGCGCUUGUUAGUUCAUUAUGUCAAUGCUAAAUAAAGAAUUGAAAAAAUAAACAAAUUAGAUCUUGGCCCAGGCAAGUACAAAGACCUUUUUAAUAUCACUUGAUAUAUACCCUUCAGAUUCAUCCCAGCCUUCCCUGAGGCGGAGCUAAGGCGUACCUAUAGACACAAUAAGUAGCAACUGUUUCAGAAAACAAGCCAAAUAUAAUUUUUUGGUUUUAUCUCAUCUACUGUACUUGCCACAUAAAUAAUAAUUGUCUCUAUGAAUUUGUUACCAUUUUCCUAUUCUAGGGAUAUAUCACAUGACUUACGUGACCUAAUAUAGCAGACAUCACAACCCCUGCAGCCUGGUUUAAGUUGUAUAAGUGGUGUUUGCAUAUUAAUAGGGAGGUUACAGUUUCAGGAACAUUGGGUGCGUGGUAGGUGCCCAGGUAUCUUGGGUUAGCUCUGCCUCAUCACUCGUACGAGCAGGGCGUCAAGGGCAAGAACGGAUGGGCGGGUUGCACAGUGCCUGCACUUGUGAUAAGGUGUGGCGGCCUCUUGCGCAAGCUAUGUUGUGUCCAUAUGGGACCGUUUGGUAUGUUGUGCAGAUCGCCUUACUGCAAGCCCUCCGGUGCCUAUGAUAUAUUGGUGUACAUUAGUAGAAGUGGCUUCAGAGAGGGAAGCAGAGGGGGUGGGCUUAGACGGGGGAUCACCAAAAAAAACGAUAUACUAUAUUUAACAAUAGACAUUAAUAAUCAUCAGGUGAAAUAUUAGGAAAUGUGUACAGAGUAGUAAGAUACAAUGUCCCUGGGGAUGAUACUCCAGGGCCCCCACAGUGGCACCUGCCCCCACAGGGCUUGGGGGCAGUCGUCAGUGAACCUAAGGGAUUCUGAUCGAUCCUAGUGGACAUGGGUCCCCGUUAACUGCUGCAUGGCUCCCGGGCUGAUUAUGGAGAGAGGCUCCUACGACAAGGGGCUAUGAAGGUGACGUCUUACCGGGCCUUAGAAUGGCCGGAAUUAAAGGACCACUAUAGUGCCAGGAAAACAUACUCGUUUUCCUGGCACUUUAGUGCCCUGAGGGUGCCCCCACCACCCUCAGGGUCCCCCUCCCGCCGGGCUGAAUGGAGAGGAAGGGGUUAAACUUACCUCUUUCUCCAGCGCCAGGUGGGGAGCUCUUCUCCUCCUCUCCUCCUCUUCGGCUGAAUGCGCAUGCGCGGCAGGAGCCGCGCGUGAAUUCAGCCAGUCCAUAGGAAAGCAUUCACAAUGCUUUCCUAUGGACGCUGGCGUCUUCUCACUGUGAUUUUCACAGUGAGAAAUGCGGAAGCCCUCUAGCGGCUGUCAAUGAGACAGCCACUAGAGGCUGGAUUAACCCUAACAUAAACAUAGCAGUUUCUCUGAAACUGCUAUGUUUAUAGAAAAAAGGGUUAACCCUAGAUGGACCAGGCACCCAGACCACCUCAUUAAGCUGAAGUGGUCUGGGUGCCUAUAGUGGUCCUUUAACGUACCAGAGAAUAGUCAGAAUACUUGCCGAGGUCAGGGACACAGAAUGAGACACAACGAUAAGGGAAAGCCAAAGUCAGGGAUACCAGAAUACAGGGAAGUCAAACGAAGCCAAAGUCAAUAACCAGAAAUAAAGGAACACACUCUCGGACAACCACUAAGGGAAACCUAGACAGGGCAAUGAGAAAAAUGCAAAAGAAGUUUAUAUAAGCCUCCUUCAGAUCUGAUUGGCUAUACCAGGCCUUUGACCCCAGAAUGUGCAUGCUCAGGUAGGUGCCCAGGUAUCUUGGGUUAGCUCUGCCUCAUCACUCAUGCGAGCAGGGCGUCAAGGGCAAGAACCGAUGGGCGGGUUGCACAGUGCCUGCACUUGUGAUAAGGUGUGGCGGCCUCUUGCGCAAGCUAUGUUGUGUCCAUAUGGGACCGUUUGGUACGUUGUGACGUCACACCCACGCCGCUGUCGUCAAAACCGGGGGCGGAAGUGGGGUUACAAAUUGGUGUGGAUCCGCAGCGGCAGGCACCCACCAACAUGCUGCAGGAGUCAGAUACAUUGACGCAUGGCCGCUGAACGAUAAUUCCACAGUAAAGCAGUUCCCCUCCAAUCACGAGACCAAGCUACGUGUUGAGGGUUAAGCAGCACUCAAUUUUAAUGGUGCCACACUGGCCUUUUAUGACAAUCCCCAAGCAAGGUGUAUGCCCACAUGGACCUUGUUGGGGACAGGGACACAAACUUAUACAUCAAUGGCAAUAGAGUUACAAUCUAAGAAAUUCCCCACAUAAUACAAUAAGCCUUCCCCUUUACUUAGGAGAUAAUUGAGUCAAGUACUAUACUAAACUCAAUUAUCUCCAAACACAAAAAACACAUUUCUAAAAAGUCCCAAAAGUACCCCAAAACACAUAGUACCCCCACAAAUCUUACAUCCCCUGAUAUCCCUGAUCAGGGUGACCAACAUAUCCAAAAAUCACCCAGAUCAGUUCAGGGGUUCAGAAAUUUUACGGAAGUCAUAUUUUUUACCGACUGCAGGCAUUGUCCCAUAGCCGAAAAUAGUUCCAUAGAAUUGCGGCUAAGUGCCGCUGGAGGACCGACCGGGAACCACAAGGUUUUCAUGCUGAAAAUAGUUCCAGCGCAUUCGCGGCUAAGUCCCCCUGAAGUCUAUUUGCGGUUUUGGUCCAUGGGAACAAGAUGGCCACCACCUUGUGGUCGAAUGGCACUUCAAAUGGCUUUGGAAGUUUGGGAGUUCGAAGUGCCACUUCGAAAGUUUGAAUAGUUAUUGUCCAAAGUCAUAAUGGGUACAAAUAGGGGUCAUAGUCAGAGGGUGAAAAGCUGGCAAGUAGUCCCCUCCAAACCCCAAUGGUGAACCCCAGUGGGUUUUUAAUGAUUUUUUUGAAGUAGUGGAGACUGGAUGAGCAUCUCAUGGAGGAGGGAAGUGAGUUCCACAGGAAUAGUGCAGCCCUUUUGAAGUAUUGAAGGUGAACAUCAGACGUGGAUGUACGGACAGAAAAUAGAUGUAAGUCUUCAGCAGAGCGUAAGGGCCUAGACAGGACAAACUUGUGUAUUAGGGAGGAUAGAGAGGUGGGAGCAGCAUUAUGUAGAGAUUUGAAAGCAAGAACCAGAAUUUUAAAUUGAAGGAAGCCAAUGUAGGGACUGAUAGAAGGAUGAAGCGUGGGAGGUGCGGGCGGACAGGAAGACGAGCUUUGCCGCCGCAUUCAUUAUGGACUGUAACGGCGCAAGUUGGGAGCACGUUAGACCACUGAGAAGCAGAUUACAAUAGUCAAGGUGAGAAAGGGCAGUGGAAUGGACCAGCACCUUAGUCGCACUUGGUAUUAAGUAGGGUCGGAUGCGCGCAUUGUUUUUGAGAUGGAAGCAGCAGGAUUUGGCGAUAGGCCGCACAUGAGGCGGGAAGGAGAGGUCGGAGUCAAUGAGUGACCAUGAGAUUUUGCAGCAAGUAGAUCAUUGGAUACUUUGGUCAGUACCAUUUCCACAGAGUGCUUAGUGCGGAAACCAGAUUGAAGCAGGUCUAACAGAUAGCUGGGCUUGAGAAAGUCUGUAAAUCUCACAUACACAGCUCUUUCAAGGAUCUUGGAUGCAAAAGGCAGUAGCGAUAUAGGACAGUAGUUAGGGUCAAGGUUGGGCUUUAGAAUUGGGAUUACAGUUGCAUGUUUGAAGGGCGAUGGAAAUAUUCCAGAGGAGAGAGAGAUUGAGAAUUUUAGUGAGAGGUAGAGAAAGAGAAGACAAAGUACGGAUGAGAUGCAGGGAAAUUGGAUCUAGGGAGCAGGUGGUGGGGCAGGAGGACUGGAGCAUGAAUGACUGGAAUGAACAUAGAACAGCAGAGAGAGUGAGCUUAGGGGAAGUAUUGUAAAGGGAAGAAGAAAGACGAGAUAGCUCUUCCUUGAUUGUAGAGAUCUUGUCAGUGAAGUGAGUUGCAAAGUGAGGCAAUCAAGUUAAUAGGUUAAAAUGUGUGAAAUAGUCGUUUGGGUCCGCAGGAGAGUGUUUUUACGAGGGUAUUGAAGUAAUUAACUUUUGCAGAGGAAAGAGCCAAGCUGUAUGAGCGCAGCAUAAAUUUAUAGUGGAGAAAGUCUGACGCACAGUGAGACUUUCUCCAACAGCAUUCAGCAGUUCUGGAGCAUUUUUGGAGGUAUCGAGUCAGCUUGGUGUGCCAAGGUUGUUGUUGGGGAUGUUUAAAUGUAGGAGGUGCCAUGAUAUCUAGUUGAGAGGAGAAGGUGGAAUUGUAGAAGGAGGUUGCAGAGCUAGGACAGGUGAGGUUUGAGAUAGAUGAAAGGAGAGUUUGGAGAUUAGUGGAUAAAUGCUCUAGGUCAAGAGAUUGGAGGUUUCUGUGAGAUUGAUGUUCAGACGGUGGUGUCAAUUGGGUCUUGGGUAUGCCGAUGUCAAAAGUCAGCAGAUGGUGGUCAAAUAGAUGAAAAUGAAUAUUGGAGAGAUUAGAGGCGGUACAGAGAUUGGUGAAGGCGAGAUCAAGAGUGUUUCCUGCUGUAUGGGUUGCUAAAUUGGACCAUUGCGUGAGGCCAAAGAAGGAGGUUAGAGAGAGCAGAUAAGAGGCAUCAGUGCAGGUGAGGUUGUUGAUUGGGAUAUUGAAAUUCCCAAGUACAAGGGAAGGAGUGCUAGAUGAGAGGAAGUGGGGAAGCCAGGAAUAAAAGUGCUCAAUGAAUAGCCUAGGAUGACUGGGGAGGGAGGGGGGCGGUAGAUGAUAGCAAUUCUUAAAGGCGUGGGUUUAAAUAGGCAGACAGUGUAAACUUCAAAAGAAGAAAAGGAUAGGGCAGAGCAGUUAUGAUUGGUUGAAAGGUACAUUGAGGGGAGAGAAGGAUGCCUACACCACCUUCUUUACAGUUGAGUAUGGGAGUGUGAGAGAGUUCUAGCCCACCAAAACAUAAAGAGGCCGGAGUAGCGCUAUCAGAGGGGGACAGCCAGGUCUCUGUAAAUGCAAGUAGUGUGAAUGAGUUUGAGAUAAAAAAGUCGUGUAUGGCUGUUGAUUUUAAAUUACUGCAGACGGAGCAGGCGUUCCAGAGUGCACAUUGAAUGUUGGUAAGUGAGGGUAAAGGGCAUGGUAUUGUGAUGAGGAUUAUGGAGAGAAGGUGAAGGGCCCUGGAUUGGGAGAGACAUCACCAGCUGCUAGAAGGAGAAGGAAAGAGGAUGUGUGAAUGGGUUUUGUAUGCAUGGGGUCUAGAAUGAGAUUUAUUGUGGGUAGGAGUGAGAGAGUAGAAAAAUUAGUACAAGGCAUGAGAUGAGAGAAGGUGGGAGUGUAGCAGAGAGGGGCAUAUGUAAAAGUGGUUGGGGGGAAUGAGGGAAGUGGGUAUAAGGAGAGAUUUUUAUACUGAGGGAGAACAAGGAAAUAAAGAGGAGGAGAAGACAGAUCAUUGCUAAACUGUGAAAGAGUAAAUUGGAAAUAAUUGGAAUAUCAAGAGCAGGUGAAGGUAGGGUAAAUAUUAAAUUUGAUGGGUUAAGAAAGUGCAGGAGUGUACUAAUAAGAGGUAGUGUGUAUACCUGUUAUUUUUUACUUAUCUAAAAUUUGGUUGUGACAGACAAUCUAUAAAUGUAAUAAUGAGCAUGGGGUGGGGAGGGCGGCAUCAGACUUUCUUACAGCAGUAUUGUGGUUUGAAAGUUUGGAAAUCAGGCUGUUGAAUAAAGAUAUGCAAAGGUCAGAUAGGCUUGCAAUAAAGCAGAGGGAGGGGGAUGUAUGUAUCUAGGACCAGAGAUGAAGGGAUGGAUAUUCAAAUAAAAACAAACAUAUCUAUAAAAGAAGGGUCAGAGGUCAGUCAGAAAUCAGAGGGGAAACAGAGGAAUGCAUAUUGGUGAAUAAAACAAUUACAUACAGGGCUAGCAAAACUAAACUUUAGCAAAACAGACAAGAUAAAAAGGCACGAAAAUAUACAAUGCACACAGGAUAUAUAAAAUAAAAUAAAUGUACAGGGUGGUUAAAUUAAAUAUAAAUGAUGCUGUGCAGGAUAGAGUCUUAGUGUGAUCUUCCAGAAGGCUACCUUUGCUUAUUGCAGACGAUCAGCUGAUGGAACACUGAUUUUCUUACAGCAUUAUUGGGGCUUGAAAGUUUGGAAAUCAGGCUUUGCUUAUUGCAGACGAUCAGCUGGUGGAGCAAAUUAUGGACUUCCAUGAAGUGUUUGGACAGGGUAUGGUUCUCAAACUUUCUUUUUAUGUUGUAAGUGUGUUCUCUUAAUUUUCAACAUACAUUCACUUUGACCCACGUAUUGGAGACCACACUCACAUUCUAAUAAAUAUAUGACCUGCUUAGAGUGACAGGUGAUACGGUCUUCAAUAUUGUAGGUCCUGUUAGUUUUAUAUGAUCGAAAGCUAGUUAUUUUUCCAAAACGUGGCCCUGUGGUUUUACAUAUAUUGUACUGACCACACUUAUAAAAACCUUUAUUUCUAUUUUUAAAAAUGCUUUUUUAUUUCAGGGGCUUGGAAAGUGUGCACUAUUUUUUGUUUUAUAGUUGGUGCUCCUCAGAAAACUAUCCUUUGUUUAGGAGGUAGGACUGGACCUAAUGUAAGGUCGUGGAGUAAAAAGUGCCAAAUGUUAUGUAUUAUUCUUCUUAAAAGUUUGGAUUGUGAACUGUAAUUAAAAAUAAGAGGACAGUUAAAAUUAUUUUCAACAGUUAUAUAGUCCCGAGGUUGUGAUAUUUGUUUUCUAUGCAGAUUAUUAACUUUUUUUAUUGCUUUAUUUAAUAGUUCCUUAUUAUAUUCUUUUUCUUCAAAUUGUUGUUUAAUUAUUUCUAUUUGUUACUUGACAGACUGACGCAUCUGUACAGUUCUUUUUAAUUCUACUGAAUUGACCCAAAGGGACAUUGUUGAUCCAGGGUGGGAAGUGGCAACUAGAGUUUAGGAUAAAACUGUUGACAUCCACACUUUUUAAAAAAAAGUCCUUGUGUUUAGGACAUUAUGUUCAACAUAGAGCACCAAAUCUAAAAUAUCUAUUUCUGUACUCUGGUAUUUUUAAGUAAAAGAUAAGUUAAAAUCGUUAGUGUUGAUAUACUUAAAAAAUUCUAAUAAAAGUUUUUCCUCUCCUUCCCAAAAAAAAAAAAGUCAUCUAUAUAGGGUCUAUAGAGGACUAGAUUCAUCAACAAGGGAUGGCCUUCCCAAAUAAAAAAGGGUUCCCAGAAGGUCAUCAAAAUAUUAGCGUAACUGGGUGCGAAUCUAGUCCCCAUCGCUGUGCUGUUACCUGAAGAUAUAUUUCUUGAUUAUGCCAAAAUAAAUGAUUAGUUAAUAUAAAAUUGAUGCACUCUAUUAAAAACUCUGUCUGUUCUAGAUGCAUGUCUCCUUUUUUGAUAGAGAGUAUAUAAAAUUGCUUGAAGGCCUAAGUGAUGUUUAUUGAUGGUAUAUAAUGAUAUAAGAUCACAUGUAACAAGCCAGAGAUGGUUAUUCCAUGUUUUUCCUUCUACCAGUUUUAGAAGUUCUCCACUAUCUUUCAGAUAGGACUUUGACGUCUUAACAUAGGGUUGUAGGAGUACAUCUAUAUAUAUUGGGACAGAUUCUAUACCAGAAAUAAUUGGUCUACCUGGGUGUUUUUGUGAAUUUUUGGGAGAAAAGGUUUUUUUUUGUGAACUUUUGGGAGAAUAUGACGUAUUCACUCAUUCUUUAUUUUUCUAAAAGCAUAUGUAAGUUCAUCUUGGUCUCUUUCAUAGGGUCUUUAUUUAAAAUUUCAUAGGUAGUUGUGUCUUUUAAAAUUUUAUUGCACUCUUCUUCAUAAUAUAUAGUGUCCAUAAUUACAAUUCCUCCACCUUUAACGGCAGGUUUGUCAUAUUUUUCUAUUAUCAUUGAGUUCUUUCAGUGCUUUUCUUUCAGAGACAGUUAGAUGAUGUGCAUGAUUAGGUAUUUUAGUUGGGAUUUUCUCGGCAAUGACUGCCAUGCUGAAAGCUUCCAUUGGGGUACUGAUUACUGAUAUUUCAAUGUUCCACUCACAAGAGUAUAGAUAUGGUAGACUUAUCACUCAAAUAAAAUAUUGCAAGCAUAUCACAUCACCAGAUAUAGACACCAGAUCCUCUUGUCCAACCAGUCCCAGGGAACAGAUGAAAAUUUUUUUUUCCCCCAAUUGAUUAAAUUCAUUUUUGGAUUUUUUCAAUUUUCUUUUUUCUAUUUAAAGUAUUAAAAUAUUAUUUUAUUAAAUUAAAUGAAUCACUAAUAAAAUACAACACAUUAGUUUAUUUAUUAUUAACAUUAAGGUAAUUAGAUUGAAAAUUCAUUAACUAAUCUGCACUAAUAUAAAUACACUUGCACAUUUGCACAUAUCCUGUUUUAAUGUAUUCAUUUAUAUGUUCAAAUAUGUAUAUAGAGAAUACUAAUAUGUUGGAGAAUUAUUUUUUCAGGAGAUAUAUAUUGAGGAGGACUAUGAACUUUAUGAUUAUUCACGAAAAACCAGAAGUGACGCGACGGCAUUUGCGGCCGCGUCACACUGAAUCCUGGAUUGGCGAAACCGGAAGUUAA